AGUAACGAAUAAUUAGGCAAAUCAGACAAGACAAGAUCGCAGUGUCAGUUGAGAAGAGCAGCAAUGGAGACUGAAUUGAAAGAGCUGCUCACUGAUCUUCAAUCAUUCAUAUCCUCGUUGCCCGACGAUGAUUCUAAUCAGCCAUCAAUUCACAAGCUGCAAUCGCGUGUUCAACAUCUCACGAAGAUCGCGAAUGCUGCUCCUGCUCGGCGUUCAAAACUCAAGGAUAUGAGUGCAGAGGUGGUGGACAGUAAUCCAUACAGUAGGCUUAUGGCGCUUCAAAGGAUGGGCAUUGUGAAGGAUUAUGAGAGGAUUAGAGAGUAUUCUGUUGCUAUUGUUGGAAUUGGCGGUGUUGGCAGUGUUGCAGCUGAGAUGCUAACCAGAUGUGGCAUAGGUCGCCUUUUAUUAUAUGAUUAUGACAAAGUAGAGUUGGCCAACAUGAAUAGGCUUUUCUUUCGACCAGAUCAGGCUGGUAUGACAAAGACUGAUGCUGCUGUUCAGACCCUUUCAGACAUUAAUCCUGAUGUUGUGCUUGAGAGCUAUACUAUGAACAUCACAACAGUGCAAGGAUUUGAAACCUUUGUUUCUGGCUUGAAAAAUAAAUCGUUUCGCCCAGAUAAAGAAGGUAGCGGAGUAGAUCUUGUUUUAAGCUGCGUGGAUAAUUAUGAAGCAAGGAUGGCUGUUAACCAGGCCUGUAACGAGUUAAAUCAAACUUGGAUGGAGUCUGGUGUAUCUGAAGAUGCUGUUUCGGGUCAUAUACAAUUGCUGGUUCCUGGAGAAACUGCCUGUUUUGCAUGUGCCCCUCCUCUUAUUGUCGCAUCUGGUGUGGAUGAGCGAACACUGAAGCGUGAGGGGGUUUGUGCAGCAUCUUUGCCUACAACAAUGGGAGUUGUCGCAGGGCUCUUAGUACAAAAUACACUAAAGUUUUUGUUACAAUUUGGAAAUGUAUCCCCAUACUUGGGAUACAAUUCUCUUAAAGAUUAUUUUCCAACCAUGGAAAUGAGGCCAAAUCCUCAAUGCUCAAAUGCAGCCUGUUUGGAGCGUCAGAAAGAAUAUAUCUUUGCGAAGCCAGCUAGGGACGCUGCAGCUAAAGCCAAGAUGGAGGCAGAAGCACCAUUAGCUUCAGAAGCCCCACUUCAUGCUGACAAUGAAUGGAAUAUAAGUGUUGAUGAUGAUAACGAGCCAGGAAUGUUAGAUGCCACAACUUCAGCAGAUGCUCUUCCAGAAGGUCUUAUGCAUGAGCUUCCAACUGCAGACGAGUUUCAAAAGUUCCCAGUUGCUGAGGCAACGACUACUACAUUUGAUGACCUCGAAGACCUCAAGAAGCAACUUGAAUCCCUUAAUUAUUGAUUUAGGUUCACUGAAGAUACAAAUAAUGUUUGGUGGAGUUAAAAAUGGCUCCACAUUUCGAUAAUAUACAAGCUCUGGAUGAACAGGCCAAAGCUCUGUUACAGUUUUGUGAUUAUGAUACCCCAUAAAUUAACUAAAAAAGUUUUUGAAGUAUAAAACUAAUGGUAAAACUACUCUUCCAUCUA